UUGUACAUAGCAUCAAGUCUUGGUAUUUUCACCAUCAAAGGUUGUGGUGGCCAGUUUAGUAAAUACCUCUUCGCCAUUUACCAAAAGUCUCUGAUUCAAGCUCGGAUUGGAAUCAUCUUUGGUAGGAAGCACUAUACCUCCAAAGUGGAACUUAGUGGAGCGAAUUAAUCCGAAUUAAUUGGAACUAGACAUCGGGUGGUAUGUACGAAGAAAAAUGUCCUUAGAAUCUGAAAUGGUGGACAUCAUUACAAUCUCAAGACUACAAUCUAUACCAAGAAAGCGUCAAAUACCAAAAGUUCCAUUAUUCAUGAGAAUUGACAAUCAAAAUAGUGAUGACUAUGAUCCUAAAGUGGUUUCAUUGGGACCUUACCAUCAUGGAAAGCCAGAGCUCAAUUUUGUUGAAGAUUUCAAGCCUAAGUCUCUAGAAAUGUUCAUUCAUGGCAGUAAUAAAAAUCAAAAUUUUUUCCUCGAAAAAAUUCUCGAGGAGAUCGAGGAUGUUAGAAGUUGUUACCUCGAAGAAGUCACGAAUAAGUAUAACGACUAUGAUUUUGCUCGAAUGAUGCUCCUUGACGCAUGUUUUGUUCUAAAUGAUAUCGAGAUAGUAACAAGGUCUACACCAAAUUCUGCCUCUAAACAAACCAACACAAUCAAGCAUCUUGGUAUUGCAGUUUAUUUGAUCACUAGACGUGACCUAUAUUUGCUCGAAAAUCAGGUACCCUUUCGGAUUCUCAAGCUCUUGGUUACGUUGAGAUAUGGUGAUGAUGAAGGUAGUGAUCAAUAUUAUCCAUUUGAAAACAAAGUGAAAAGCUAUUGUUCUCAAAUGUUUUUUGAUAAGCAAGAGGACAACAUAGAAGAGAACGCGAUGAUGGAGAUAGAACCUCCUCACCUUCUUGAAGUUUUUCGACGAGUACUUGUCACUGGUAACGAUGAAGAAGUAAUUAAUGUCAAACAAUCGCGUUGUGAUUUCAUCUUUGAUUAUUUUCUUGAUCGUUUUAGAAAGAAUCAUGAACUAGUACACAAACCAGCAUUGCUCAUAAAUGUGUUUCGUUCAGUUAUGGAUUUAAAAUCAAAGGGCAUUCAUUUUAGGCCUAGUGGAAUUGAUUCUUUAAAAGGUGUAAGAUUUACAUCUCACUAUUACUAUGCAAAACUCAAAUUACCAUGUUGGUAUGUUUCAACAUACACUAAAGUAUUUUUCAUGAACAUGAUAGCUUAUGAAUUGUGCCCAAAUAGUCCUAAUGAUAGAGCUGUGGUAUCUUACAUAAAUUUCAUGAAAUCUCUCAUUAUUUCACCUAAUGAUGUGAAAGAACUAAGAGAAGAGAAGAUUAUAUUCAACACAUUGGGAAGUGAUGAAGAAGUUGUACAAGUUUACAAAGGAUUAAAGACUUAUGGGGCAGAUGAUCCUUUAAUUUUCAAGAAUGUGAAGAGGAAUAUUCAAGAACAUUAUAAUAGCAAAGGGAAGACUUGGAUUGCUGAAUUAAUAGAUACAUAUUUUAAUAGUCCAUGGUCUCUAACUGCUUUAGUUGUUACUAUUUUUCUUACUUUCUUGACUGUUGUUCAGACUUACUAUGGUAGCCCAUUUUAUCAUUCUCAUGAAGAGAAUAUGUGA